AGAGACACGGUACAUUUGGAGAUUAGAGAGAGAGAGAGAGAGAGGGCAGAAUCUGAGUUGAAGAACAAUCGCCAUUUUUAGGACGAAGAUGUCAUGGUUUUGAGUGAGAAGCCGAUCUAUUGACACAAAAGCACACAGCUUUCUUCAUCACACACACACACACACACACUCUCUCUCUCGACUCUUCUCUCACUCCUAAAAACCAAUAACACAGAAAAAAACAAAAACCCCAAAAACAAACGCUGUGAGAAGAACUGAGAACCCAAUUUCGAUUUCUUUCUCAUUUUUAAUUUUUUGGGUUAAAAAACCUUUCUUUUCGUUUUCUCCGUAGUGAUCUCGAGGCGCGAUUUUUCUUAGGCUUUGUCUCGCUGUUGAUCCACCGAUCAAAGAACUCAUUUUUAAAGACUUGUUAUAAAAAAAACCCAAGAAGAAAAAAGGGUAGAGAGAGGAGGAGGAGAGAGAGAGCUAUGGCAGUGGUUGAGAACGCAGGGGUGGAGCUGGGGAAGAGCGUUGGGUCGGCUUCGGCGAAUCGGAACCCUGAGGCUGCAUCGCAGGAUGGCGGAGCUGCUGCUGCGGCUGCUGCAUCCAACGAUCAGGAUCAGUCCAAGCACAACGCCGCCCCUUUACGACACCGUCUCGAUCAGAGCCUGUAUGUGAUGGUUACGCCGCCCCCCAACGGCAACGGCAACGGAAAUAUCAACGGCAUCAGCAGCAACAACAACGGCGGCAACCAGAAGGUGGGUCAGCUGGGGACCUUCGAUCACGUGGCGAAGAUCGCGGGGCAGCAGCUGAAUCAUCAUCAUCAGCAUCAGCAGCAGCGAUCCAACGGCGGGGAUUUUCAGAUGAGUAAUGGGGAUCAUCACGACGUGGACAGGGACAUGAGGGAGCUGAGGGAGCUGUUCUCUAAGCUCAACCCAAUGGCUGAGGAGUUUGUGCCUCCUUCACUUGCUAACGGUCAUGGACUUAAUGCUGGCUUUGUUAACAUGGCACUAAUGAUGCAAAAUGGCAACAGAAAUGGACAAGUUAAUGGCUUUGGUGCUGGUCGACGGAGAAACAAUCAAGGGAAACGGAGAAUCAACAGCCGGACAAGUCUAGCGCAGCGAGAAGAUAGAAUUCGAAGGACUGUGUAUGUGUCUGACAUUGAUCAACAGGUCACUGAGGAACAGCUUGCAGCUCUCUUUGUUACUUGUGGGCAGGUUGUUGACUGCCGAAUUUGCGGUGACCCUAAUUCUGUUCUCCGUUUUGCCUUUAUAGAGUUCACUGAUGAAGAUGGUGCACGAGCUGCUUUGAGUCUGGCUGGGACAAUGCUUGGAUUCUACCCUGUUAGGGUGUUGCCCUCUAAGACAGCUAUUGCACCUGUUAACCCUACAUUCUUGCCUCGCACUGAAGAUGAACGUGAGAUGUGUGCGCGAACUAUCUAUUGUACAAAUAUUGACAAAAAGGUUGCCCAAGCUGAUGUCAAACUCUUUUUUGAAUCUGUCUGUGGAGAGGUUUAUCGUCUGAGGCUACUAGGGGACUAUCACCACUCUACUCGCAUUGCCUUUGUUGAGUUUGUGAUGGCUGAAAGUGCAAUUGCUGCUCUCAACUGUAGUGGUGUGGUUUUGGGAUCAUUGCCAAUCAGGGUAAGUCCAUCAAAGACACCCGUUCGUCCACGCUCUCCUCGCCUUCCCAUACAUUGAGUCAUCUUUGGCAUCCCAGACUGAUUUACGGUUCCGGUUGGAAAUAUAUUUAAAUACACAUACAACUUAUGUAAAGAUGUUCUCCGUGCCUCUGGUCGUUCUGCUUUUAUCUAUACUUGUCCUCGGCUUUCAUAGCCUUGGAUCUUUUGAUCUCUUUUUAGAGUUUAUUAUGAUGUUCUGGAAUAUAGAGUUGGACAAAAACCUUGAGGCUUAAAAGAUGAAUUCCAUGUAUUAUUGUUCAUUUUGGUUUGGUCUUUCUCUUAAGACUAAACGCUGCAAAGUAGUUUCUGACAAAUAUUAAAGACCCUUUUAACAGCCUUCUGUAAGUUAAUGGAAAUCGUCCUUUUGGUUAAUGGGUGGUUUUGCUUA